ACCCUAUUUCGAGAAUCACACCCUUACUCUCCUCCCCUUCGUCUCUGGCGGUCGUCGAGGUUUCCCUCUCUCCAGUUUCUUUUGCCCCCGCUUGUUUUUCAGCUAACCAAUUUCCUUUGCAGACUUCUCAAACCUUUACCUUACUACCUAAUUUCUAUAGGAAUCUUCUUCUGUCGCGGAACCAAUGGGAGAAACUAAGGACGAAGGAUACGAGGAAGAGCUUCUUGACUACGAAGAGGAAGAAGACAAGGCGCCCGAUUCCGUCGGGACUAAAGUCAACGGUGAAGCGGCCAAGAAGGGAUAUGUUGGUAUACACAGUUCCGGAUUCAGAGACUUCCUUUUGAAGCCAGAACUCCUUCGAGCUAUUGUGGACUCAGGAUUUGAGCAUCCUUCUGAAGUUCAACAUGAGUGCAUACCUCAAGCAAUCCUUGGAAUGGAUGUAUUAUGUCAAGCUAAAUCUGGAAUGGGGAAAACUGCUGUCUUUGUGCUUUCAACUUUGCAACAGAUUGAUCCUGUUGCUGGCCAAGUUUCUGCACUUGUUUUGUGUCAUACAAGGGAAUUGGCUUACCAGAUAUGUCAUGAGUUUGAGAGGUUCAGCACCUACUUGCCUGAUCUCAAGGUUGCUGUCUUUUAUGGUGGUGUCAACAUUAAAGUUCACAAGGAUCUGUUGAAAAAUGAAUGCCCUCAUAUUGUUGUUGGAACUCCUGGAAGAAUACUAGCAUUGACCAGGGAUAAGGACCUGUCUUUAAAGAAUGUUAGGCAUUUCAUUUUGGAUGAAUGUGAUAAGAUGCUGGAAUCACUGGACAUGAGGAGAGAUGUGCAAGAGAUUUUCAAGAUGACCCCUCAUGACAAGCAAGUCAUGAUGUUUUCUGCAACACUCAGCAAGGAAAUUCGCCCAGUCUGCAAGAAAUUUAUGCAGGAUCCUAUGGAAAUUUAUGUUGAUGAUGAGGCCAAGUUGACCCUUCAUGGACUUGUUCAGCACUACAUCAAAUUGAAAGAGGAGGAGAAGAACCGCAAGUUGAAUGAUCUUCUUGAUGCACUUGACUUCAAUCAAGUAGUUAUCUUUGUAAAAAGUGUUAGUAGAGCGGCUGAGCUGGACAAACUACUUGUGGAAUGCAACUUUCCAUCUAUAUGCAUCCAUUCUGGCAUGUCCCAAGAGGAAAGGUUAAAGCGAUAUAAAGGAUUCAAAGAGGGGCAUACUCGGAUCCUUGUGGCAACAGAUCUGGUGGGAAGGGGCAUUGACAUUGAACGUGUCAACAUAGUUAUAAACUAUGACAUGCCAGAUUCUGCAGACACAUACUUGCACAGGGUUGGCAGGGCAGGAAGGUUUGGUACCAAGGGCCUUGCAAUUACAUUUGUUUCAUGUGCUGCAGAUGUUGAUGUUCUCAACAAUGUUCAAUCAAGGUUUGAGGUGGAUAUAAAACAGCUUCCUGAGCAGAUCGAUACUUCUACGUAUAUGCCAUCAUAGUAGAGGUGUAUAUGAAGGCACGUGUUUAAAUUGCUCCCAAUGGCAGGCGUAGCUUUUGCAGAUUAUUUGCUUUCAGAUAAGCGACAUGAACCUUCAGAUGCGGAUUUUCCGCCAAGCUGAUGUCUCAAGUCCCGUUGUAGUUUUAUAGACUGAAGACCUUGACCUCCAUAAGGGUUUAUCAUGUUAGUUGCACGGUAGUACUGUAGCUUAUAAAUUUAAGAGAUUCCGUUAGUUGUAUUAUGUAUUACGUAGAUUUGCUCUUAGGAGCUGCAUUUCCUAUUUAUGUCAUGUUCGCCUUAUUUGGGAAGUGGGUGCUUGUGGCUGAAUGAGGUAUAUUGUCUUGACCGAUCAUAUAUUUUGGUGUGGGGAUGAGCUCAAUGUGGAGCCCACACCUUUUGGAGAUUGGUCUCUGGAGCACGGAAUUCGGCGUUCUGAAUCGAGAUUCAGAGGCUAAACCAUUCUUUUUUCUGUAAGCUAUGGAAGCUAAUUACCAUUUUGGAAGCUGAGACCUAUUUCUAUUUCCCCCAAACAAAAAUCUUUUGGAUACUUGUUUAGAAAGUUGUACCGAUUUUUAUUAUUUUGAGCAUAUUCGUACUGAUA